CGCUGGCUCCACUGCGGACUGGCCGGCGUUGAGGGAUCUCGGCUCAGUGAGCUAUUUUUGAAAGUGACCCUGAUAGUUUGCAGCUGUUUACGACCAUGACUGAAGAUGACGGAUUCAGUUGUCGCGGAAGGCCAAGUCAGACUGAGGGACGGGAAAAAGUGGAAACAUAGAUGGCUGGUGCUUCGAAAACCUUCCCCUGUUGCAGAUUGCUUGCUCAUGCUGGUGUUCAAAGACAAGUGUGAGAAGAGCAAGGGGCACAAGGAGAGGAGCAGCCUGACUCUGGAGGAUAUAUGUGGCCUUGAACCCGGCCUCUCGCUUGAAGGCGUGAGUCACAUCCUCGCUAUCAUCUGUCUGGGACAAACUGUGCUGCUGGCCUUUGAGAACAAGGAGACCAUGUGUGCCUGGGACAUUCGCACUCGCUACAGCCUUGGAGAAGUUCACAGGUUCCACGUCACCGUGCUCCCGGGCACCAAGCUGGAAAGUGGACCUGCCACCCUCCACUUCUGCAACAACAUCUUUGUGCUGGUGCGGGAUGUCCCGCCGGGCAUCAUUGGCCACUGGAAGCUCUCCGACAUGAGGCGUUACGGUGCCAUCCCCAACGGGUUCGUCUUUGAAGGGGGGUCGCGGUGCGGACCCUGGGCCGGCGUUUUCUUCCUGUCCUGUGCGGAGGGCGAGCGCAUCAGCUUCCUGUUCGACUGCAUUGUCAGAGGCAUCUCGCCGACCAAGGGGCCCUUCGGCCUCAGGCCCGUGUUGCCCGAUACCAGUAUAAGCACUACCACCAUCGAGGAGAGGAUCAGUAACGAGGCAUUGGAGUUGGAGAAACGUUUGAGUCUCCUGUCACAGUCCAGUCGGCACAGUAGUGGAGGUGAUGACCGCAGUCUGUCCAGCUCCACCGAGUCCUCGGACACCAGCCAGUCGGACACGGCGAGCGUGGGCAGCCGCCUGACGCUGUGGGCGGAGCAGCAGCCAGCGGCCCCGGGCCCGGGGGGCGGCUCAGGCUCAGGCCCAGGCCCAGGGCCACAGGAGGCGGGCAGGAGGCCGGGCCCGGAGGCCUCGGGCUCUGCUAGGCCUCACGCCCCUGCCAAGCCUCCGCGCUGCCGCCGGCUGCAGGAGGUGGGUCGCCAGGGCUCGUCGGACAGCGGCAUCGCCACGGCCAGCCACUCGUCGUCGUCGGGCAGCUUCUCCUCCUGCGCCGGCAGCGAUGAGUUCGGCUCCCAGGCCAGCCUGAUGCCGGCGGCCAGAACCGCACCAACGGCCCGGGCCUGGUGCAACUGUGGCUCCGGCCUCGACUACCGCGUCCCUGCCGCCCUCCAGCACCACCACUACGACAGCCCGAGGAGCAUCCUGCAGCCACCCGGGCCUCGAGGGGAGGAGGAGGAGGAGGCAGCCGGGGCAUGCGACAGCUGCGGCCCAGCCCCCGCCAUGGCACCGGCACCACCCCUCAUCGCCACCUGCCUCAGCUGUGGAGGCCUCAAGGGAACAACAGCCUCACAAUUGGGACCCUCGCCUACCCUAGGUGCCACAGAUAAAAAAACAGGGAAAAAGGAAGAGAAGCCGAAAGUGGUGACGGGGCAGAUGUACGAACUUAUGGAGUCACUCCCAACAGAGAAACAGUCGGAGGCAGAGAAAUGCGGAGGGUAUGAGUACAUGGCCAGCUGUGGACAGCAGAAGCCCCUCCUGGAGGCAGAAGGUACGGAGCUUCGUCAGCACAGAGCAGCAACAGCAACACCUGAUCACUCAAGGUGGUGUGCCUGUGCGACCACUGUUAAGCACAUCCUUGCCUGGGUCCACCCGGGACAUCUAAGUCACACCGAGGGCAAGGCAGCCACCCGGAGAAACAAAAGCGGCGGGUUCAGCCUGGCCAAGUGUAGCCGCGGUGUCCUCCGCCACUUCUCCAUCGCUUGGCGUCUUGGACGGCGCCCGGACCAGUCGAGCCCCAGACUGUUGCAGGACCUCCUACGGCUCACUCCACCGACAAGGCACUGGACACCCCCCCCACUCUUGGUUUGUUUACUGGCCCUCCGCCUGACUCCCUCCACUCAGGGUGGGCGAGCCAGGCCUUACAAGCAGCUCCGCGGUGGGCAAGCCAGAUCUACUGGGCCUUCUGGUGGGCUUGACUGCGGUUUGCAGGAGAAAGGAUUUCCAGACGAUGAGACGUCAGGCAGCUUUGACACCAAGAAACUAUCGGUGGGGACACUCAUUUGCCCCCAGGACCUCGCUGGGGCGGACAGACCUCGCGGUGAAGGGGCGACGUACAUCAACAUCCCGGUGAGCCCUGUCUCGAAGAAGCAACUCCACUACAUGGAGCUGGAGCUACAGGAGUCCAGUCCUGCCAUUCGAGGGGCGAGCUCGUCUAAGUACGCGCAGAUUGACAUCACGGCGACGGAGACGGCACACAAGGUGGGCAGCCAACAUGCCCAGCACAGGGAGGAGCGCUUGCAAGAGUUGGAGCAGAAGAGGAAAGGGCCGCUGCUGCAGUGAUGCAACCUAGUGAUCAACUCCGCUGAACAUUCUGCCUUUCGCUCAAGCCUUCAGCACCGAAUCGGACUCGGUGCAGGCCUGGAUGGACAGGCUCCCGGUCCAACUUCCACGUUGACCUUGCUCCCGACGCACCAUGGCUCUGUGAUCCUGCACAGGCUCCGAGCGUGACUGGAUUCAUCAGGAAUUUUGUGCAACGCAUUGUCAACAGAGAAUGUCUUUUUGACCUAUUUGCUCCUCAUUAGUAUUUACAUAGAACAGUACAGCACAAAAACAGGCCCUUCGGCCCACAUACUGGCCGAACAUGAUGCCAAGACCAACUCUCAACUGCCUGCACAUAAUCCAUAUCCCUCUAUUCCCUGCAUAUCCAUGCCUAUCCAAAACUCCUAUCUGCCAGCACAUCUAUUAUCCCUCCAUUCCCUGCACAUCCAUAUCCAAAAGUCUCUUACAUGCCACUAUCGUAGCUGCCUCAACUACGCCCCUCCCCUCCAACUCCAGCUGUUUCCUGGCUAUGGGGGCUUCUUGCCUGGCAUUGUAGCCUUGGGUGCUGGUCACUUUAAGGUACCUCGCCCAUUCUUUACAUAGAGACAAGGAACUGCAGAUGAAGGUUAAUACACAAAAGGGCACAAAGUGCUGGAGUAACUCAGCAGGUCAGGCAGCAUCUCUGGAGAACAUGGAUAGGUGACGUUUCGGAUUGAGUCUAAAGAAAGAUUCAGACUUGAAGUGUCACCUAUCCACGUUCUACAGAGAUGCUGCCUGACCCACUGAGUUACUCCAGCACUUUGUGACCUCUCCACACACAUUGUCCACUCUAUAGGAUCAGUGUUCAGGUUUCUCUCUUUGAAGUAGAAGUAGUCCAGGUUUCUCCAUUUGGGGGCUCAUUAUGCAGACUUCAUAACUAUUUUGUGGAUGGGUGUUAGUGGGUUGAAUAUACCUUUUAGUGCCUGUGCUGUGAGCCUGUGAUUCCAUUGUCUACGGUGGCUGCCCAUUGAUUGCGGCAUGGGUGAGAGUUGGUUCUGUAAAAGUUCCUGGAAUUUCGAAUUACCCCUGAGUUGCUUCAGUUCCAUCUGCCAAAGCCAGCGUUGCCCAUUGUCCCUCCCUGUCCUACAAUACCGCGCACUUUAAAAAAGACACAACGUGCUGGAGAGCAUGGAUAGGUGACAUUUCUAUAAGACAAAUAGGCCAUUCAGCACAUAGACCCCAUUCAAUCAUGGGCUGAUCUAUUUUUCCCCUCUCAACCCCAUUCUCCUGCCCUCUCCCCGUAACCUCUGACGCUCUUCCUCAUCAAGAACCUAUCAAUCUUCACCUUAAAAACACUCAAUGCCUCUGUACAGACCGCUGUCUGUGGCAAUGAAUUCUACAGAUUCACCACUCUCUGGCUGAAGAAAUUCCUCUUCAUCCCCAUUUUGCAGGUACGUCCUUUUAUUCUGAUGCUGUUUCGAGUUGGGACCCUUCUUCAGACUGAUUUACACUUUAGACAUGGUUGAAUUAAAUUUCAUCCAAUUCACAGGAUAUUCCCAACACUCAUUUCUCUUCCCAAAUGUCCUUCAGGAAUGAUGGAUUUUCUUCCAACAAGGUGUUACUGAGCGAGAUGGUUUUUAAACAAACAUGUUUCAUGGUUAUAGAAUGCACACUGAGCAAUUCCAGUUGAAUGUGCAACAUAUAUGGCAAACAGGAAUUUCUACAGCUAAAGGGACCUUCUGUUCAUCCACCAUAUUCCCAGUUGGGGUGUUCAAAUUCCUUGCAUUGUUUUCCUUGGGAUUGGCUUUUUUUAUUUAAUACUGAUUAUUUGACCCAUUCUUUUGAUUCUUGACUCCCUUACUCUGAUUUUAAAAAAACCAGUUAAUUACCCUAUCUAUCGCCUCAAGUUCACACCUCUAUAAGAUCACCCCUCAUCCUCCAACGCUCCAAGGAAUAAAUCCUAGCCUGCUCAAGGUCUCCCUAUAGCUCAGGCCCUUGGAUCCUGGCAACAACCUUGUAAAUCUUCUCUGCACCCUUUCCAGCUUAGCAACAUUUUUCCCUAUAGCAGGGUGACCAAAACUGUACACAAUACUUCAAAUGUGGCCUCACCAACGUCUUGUACAACUAUAACAUGACCUCCAAACUUCUAUACACAAGGUCAAUAUACCGAAAGUUAAGUGCUUUUAUUUCCCCCCAGUGUUUUUGAAGUACAAUCAUUCUGCAGCGUUGCACAGGCGUUCAUACCAGAUUAUGCCGAUCGGGAUCUUAAGGUCAAUUCCUUUUAUUUUCCACUAAGUCCUGCUGAACAAAUCAAGCACAAUGCAAAUGUCUCUGUGAUGGGAAAUCAUUUUGCAAAAGUAAACCAGAAGGGAAUGGAUGAAAAGAGUAAAGUGAAAAACGGAGUUUUGAGAAGGGAUUUCACAGGAAGUCUGGUUUUGUUCUUGAUUUGUGUAUUUAUAAUGUAUUUAUUUCACAUGCAUAUAUAUAAAUAUAUAAUUUUAAUUGACGUUUAUCUUUUAACUAUUUUGAGUUUACUGCUGUUAUCUUAAUGUGUAGGGGUUAUUUUACUCCGUGUUAAUACAUUGCCUCUUUGGGUACAGUCCCCCAUUUGGGGAAAUGAAGCUUAUGUACACUGUUCAAAGUCACUGCCAAUUUUUUUUUUUUGAACCAACAUGUUUUUUAGUGCUGACUAAAAAGAGACUACUGAAGUUGUACAGAUACAUUUGUCAAUGUAGAUGAUGAACACAAAGUGCUGGAGUAACUCAGCGGGUCAGGCAGCAUCUCUGGAGAAAGGAAUAGGUGAUGUUUUGGGUUGGAACCC